AUGAAUCAUAAUCAAGCAAAUUUCUUGUAUUCAUUAAAACCAUUGACAUCCAUUCAAUUACCGGACACUUCACAAAUAAUAACAACAUGUGAAAUUAAAGAAAUAUAUGAUAAAAUUAUUCAAUUACAAACAAAAAUUACUGAUAAUGUUUUUCAGUGGGAUACAACUGAACGACAAGAAUUUUGGUUAUCUAUUAUGGAUAUAUGGAUUGAAUUAACAAAGCAAAGUGCUAAUAUUACUUAUAAUAAUUUAUAUCUUUUAACUGAUUGUUUUAAUAGAAUAUCAGCCUUAUGGCAGCAAUGUGUAGAAUCGAAAUCAAUUAUUGAUAUCAAUGAUAAUCACACUAUUGAAAAAGCAUUUUCAUCUUGUUUAAUGAUGUUAGAUAUAUCUCAUAUUCAUAAUUAUCUAUGUAAAAUUGAUGAAAUAUCAAAUGAAACCAUUAUUCCAUUUAAUGUUCAUCUUAUUUUAUCAGUUGCUAGUUAUUUUGCCCGUUAUCUUUCAUCGAAUCAUAGUUGGAUAUUUAAUGAUCGAAUGAGAGUAUUAAUUAUAUUAAUAAAUUAUGUAGAACAAAGAAUAAAAUUAAUUAAAACACUUUCAGGAUCAAUUGUUGAAUGUAUUAUAAAUCUCUUUUGGAAUCUUAGUGAUCGAAUAUUUUUAGUACCAAUAUUAGUUCAGAUUAAUCUACCAAAGAAUAUCGUAAACUGGUUAUCAUAUUCAUAUGAACAUUGCGUAUCAUUUAUUUCUAUAAUACAUAAUCUAUCACGUCAUGAUGAAGGAGUUGAUGCACUUAAUAAAUGGAAUACGAUUGAAAUUAUUAAAAAUUAUCAAAACGAAAAAUCAUUUAUGAUAAAUAUGGAAAGAUUAUUAUUAAUAUCGAUGAUUUUAGCACAAUUAUCUUCACCUGAACAACUUAAAUGUGAUAAAAGAAUUAUGAAUGGUGUAUUAAAUGAAUUAUUACAACGAACAAUGAAUGCAGCAAAAAAUGAAAGCUUUUCGGAUGAUACUGGUUUUCAUAUUAGUGAAUUUUUAGCUGUUAUGGUUAAAUUAUUUGUUGUAGAAGAACGUACACUUGAUUAUAUAUUAUGUCAUGCUGAAACAGAACCAUCAUCAGAUUUAUCAUCAGUAAUUCAAUUAUUUACUUCACUUCUUAUGUCAUUUAAUGAUGCAUUAAAUAAGCAAAAUCAACUUGAACAAUUAACAUUAAUUAUAAUUGUUAAUAUUCUAUGGAGUAUUUCAUUUCAAACACAAUAUCUUCAAGAAUUAAUAAUUAAUAAUAAAGAAGCUCUACUUAUUAUUGAAAGCUUAGCCGAAAAUAAUAAUAAAGAAGUAAUUAAUCAAUAUAAACCUCGAUCAAUAGAAAGUAUACAUGUUGCUGGUCGUGGAAUAAUUCAUAAUAUUCAAAAAUAUUCGGAAUCUCAUACUGUAUUAAAUCAUAUACAAAAUGAAAUAACUAAUAAACAAUCGAUAAAAAGUGUUAAACCAUCUGUAAUGAUAAGUUAUUCGCAUGAUAAUAAAAUAUUUUGUGAUAAACUUGUUGAUUUUUUAUCAACUAAACAAAAUGUAUUUGAUAUGUGGAUUGAUCAUAUGAAUUGUCACACAGCUUCUGAUCUUUGGGAAUCAAUUGCUAUUGGAAUAGAACAAGCAAAUGUAAUUGUAUGUCUUAUAUCGAAUUAUUAUUUUGAAAGUAAAUCAUGUCGUCAAGAAUUUGUCUAUGCAACAGAUACACUUCAUAAAUUAAUUGUUCCUGUUCUUUUAGAAAAAUUUAAACCUAAAGGAUGGUUAGGUAUUCGAAUUCCUGGUAUUAAAUAUGUACGUUUUCAAAAUAUCGAAGAGUUAGAUCAAUUAAAGUUGAUGGAUUUAUUAGAUACAAUUCAAGCAACUCUUUCGUUAACUAUGUCUCCUAUUGAUAAUUCAUCUACACUUCAACAGAAAGAAUAUUACGAACCAACAGCAUCAUAUUUACAUACAGUUCCUACUUCCAAUCAUCGACUACGAAUUAAUCAAUGGUUAUUAGCAUCAAAGGAUGAUAUUGACGCAUGGUUUUCUCAUCAUCACAUUUCAACACAAUUAUGUGAUCUUUAUGAUUUUCAAACAGGUCAAGAAAUGCUUCAUUAUGGUAAACAACUGAUUCAGAAUUAUGAUAAACAUCUAGAUAUCUAUUCAAAAGCAUUCGUUAAAAAAUAUAAUGGUGAUGAAUUACUUCCACAUGAAUUUCAACGAUUUACUGAAGCUAUUAAAGAAUUACUUGAAAACAAUAUGACAUCUGUUGUUUCUUCUUAA